CUGCUUCUUCUCUGAAUCAUGCGUUCCACGAUGUCACCUUCUUCAGAACAUUGAAGAAUCGUUCCUCUUCUUCGUUGCUUAGGUACUGUUAGCGUGACCCUCCAUCUUCUUGUUUUGGUUUCUCUUCCCCUCUUCAUAUCAUUUAUUUCAUUCGUCAAACCAAUAUUUUCUUAGUUUCUUCCCAUCCCCAAGAAUCAAUGCAUCAUCUUCAUCAGAUGACAAAUGGGUUUUUCUCGGAUAUGAGUACGAGAGCUUCCUCAAUUUCUGCGCCACCAAAUAGAUUGAUACGCAAUAACAACUUCACAGCCAUGAGUAGCGCUUCUUCUUCCGCUUGUAAAUUUGAUGGUAAUCAGAAGUCCCCUGCUUCGUUUGAAUUUGAAUACGAAUACCCAUCGUUCAAGAAGCCCGCGAAUCCAUCGACAGUCCCAAAUUCGAGGGCACAGGUUCUGAACGAGGCGAAGGCCCGCUAUUUCAAGACUCAACUCUGCAGAAGGUUUAGACAAGGAAUUUGUACGCUUGGGUCCGAUUGUACCUUUGCUCAUUGCGUUGGAGAGCUUCGAAGGCAAGAAAUUGGUAAUGACGAUAGAACAUUUCAGGAACCCAGACUAUGCAGAAUGUUCUAUCAAGGGCAACAAUGCUCCUAUGGAAACGCCUGCCGUUUCCUUCAUACAAGACCUGGCAGUGUCAAUUCUAGAGACGCUACAACAGCAGAAGUGAUUCCUACUGGACAUGGUAAAAGAAAAAAUGAUCAAUUAGAAUGUAAGAGUGGUUUUGAUGAGAGUUCUGAUGCUGAAGUGAAUCCGAAGAGAGUGCAGCUGAAAACAAAGCUGUGCAUCAAGUGGGAGAUGAAGAGGAAUUGCCCGCAUGGACGUAUGUGUCGCUUUGCUCAUGGGCAAGCAGUUAGCAGAGCCAUAGAGAUUAUCUACUUCAAGAAACUCAGAUUCCUCUUUUCAAUGCAGAAUUAGGGAAACUUGAUGGCCACUCAACUGCUGAAUGCGGAGUAGAGCUAACUUCAACUGCUGCUGCUACAAAUGAAUCAAGUGGUGUAGUGUCAACGGGCACUUUGCUUGAAAAGCUGAAUAAAUCAUUUGCUUUAAGGAGAAACGAAGUACACAGGAUCAGUCGCAUCUAUGCUGAUUGGAUUUAAAAAUAUGUUGCUUCCUUGUGCUUUUAGGAGAUUUACUUCGUUUAGUCUGAACAGAAAUUUGAGGAAUAUGAUUCCCUCUUUGCAUAGUCGCUGACAAA